AUGAUCCGGGCGCUCCUUCAGGACUGCCAUCUUCGACUGCGGAAAUACAAAGGGGUUCUGAGCCAAGCGAUCGCUAAAUGCACUGAACUCAUCGGCGAAGACGGAACUAUGCUGUUGAAACAGGAGAUUGAUAAACGGGCCAGAGAACUACGAGCAAAACGAGAUAUCGAGCUGGCAGAUAAGCUUCGAAAUAUCAGCCGCACGUUUCAGGAGGAGAACGACGUCCUAGUCCACAAUCUAUCCUCCAAAGAGCUGACUCCUGAGCAACUAAAAGUGCUGAGUCACGAGGCCUGCUUCAAUACCACAGACGCCGAUCCGGUCAACCUCGUGGCAACAGUGGAAUCGAUUCUCAAACAAACCGAGGAAUCCGACGAAACAAAACACCUCGUUCGGCAACAGGUAACCGCCUUGGUGAUGGCCCACAAACCACGCGCAAAUAUCACCAGAACGGAACAGGAUGCCCUCAAGAAACUGAGGGCCGACACGAGCAUUGUGGUACUGCCAGCAGACAAAGGGCGUUCUACAGUUGUCUUGGGCAAGACCGACUACAUUCAGAAGGCUAACAACCUGCUGGAUGAUCGCCAGGCCUACCUCCGAUGUGAUGAUGAGCCGAUGAGGAAGCUGCUGACGCAGUUGGACAAAACGCUCGCUGAAAUGCAAACGAACAAAGUAAUAAGCAAGUCAGUACGACUGGCCGUUAAACCAACAGAUGCAGCCGCACCAAGGUUCUACGGACUACCCAAAGUGCACAAGGUCGAUGUCCCCCUCCGACCAAUCGUGUCACUUCGCGGCGCGCCAACAUUCAAUCUGGCGAAAUGGCUGUUCCGACACCUGAGGCCUCUCACCUCAGGCGCAACCACAACGGUCUGUUCAGCUACUCAGUUUCUGGAACGGCUCAGAGGAACGCGACUCACUGCAGACGAGGUCAUGGUGUCAUUUGAUGUCACCUCUCUCUUCACUUCAAUCCCGCAGGACCUGGCCAUCGAAACGGUCAGCGAAUUACUCGAGAGGCAGUAUGACGAGACGGACAAGUCAGUGAAGCGCAGACAUCUAGUCCAACUAUUAAAAUUCUGCCUGAAGACGUACUUCACCUUCGAGGGGACCAUGUACGAACAAAUUAAGAGGACGCCGAUGGGAUCGCCUCUCUCCGGCUUCAUCGCUGAGGCAGUUCUGCAAAAACUGGAGAGCCUGGUUUUCACCACUCACAGGCCAAAGUUUUGGACUCGGUACGUGGACGACACCUUCGUCAUCAUCAAACGAGAAAUGAUCGAGGAAUUUCACAUCGUCCUGAAUUCCGUCUUUCCUGACAUCCAAUUCACGAUGGAGGCGGAAAACAACAACCAGCUGCCAUUUCUGGACGUUCUUGUCCAUCGAAAGCCCAACGGGCACAUAAAAACGACGGUGUACAGGAAGGCUACCAACACACGCCAAAUCCUAAACUAUCACAGUAAACACCCGUUAUGUCACAAACGCAGUUGUGUGCGAACUCUCUACAGUAGAGCAGAAACACACUGCAGCGAACCGGAUGACAGAAGGACAGAACUCCGCUAUCUUCAGCGCCUUUUCAUGGCCAACGGAUAUCCCCGUAACUUCAUCGAGCGCAGCAGGCAGUCUAAACCAGGCCAAAAUCGGGUGACAGAACAGCCAAAAGUCUGGCGUGCACUGCCAUACAUCGACGGCGUCUCUGAGGCAGUUUCCCGCCUCCUAAGGCCCUUGGGGAUCGGGAUCGCUCAUCGACCAGACUCAACCAUUCGGCAUUUGGUUAUGAGACCGAAGGCCCCCCUGCCACGAGGUGAGACGACAAACGUCAUCUACCGGGUCCAGUGUAACUCUUGCCAAGCAAACUACGUCGGAGAGACAGGCAAACGGUUACAAACUCGCGUUAACGAACACAUGCGGGCAGUGAGGAGAAUGGACCCAUUGUCUCUGGUGGCGGAACACUGCGCGGACUCUGGACACACUUUUGCCUUCCAGAACGCCAAAAUUCUGGGUCGAGGCAACGACCGCGUAGCCAGGGAAACGAUCGAGGCCUGGCACACGGAAACAACCUCAAUAAACCGUUGCGUCGCCCUCCCGACAGCAUACCAAGCCCUCCGGACGCAGCUCAACGAACUAAAGGGCAAGCGCGAGGUCAGGCCGGACGUGGAUCUAAACACGGGAGAGCCUACGACGGACCUACACGUAGCCACACCGCAAAUCGGGCCCGACGAAGGCGCAGUCAUCAAUACUGUUGCCUCAACUACUACUCCGGCAGACGGGGAGAAACGCGAUCAGAGGGAUGCAAUCAAGACUAGCAACCCAGCACGACAAUUAAGGUCAACGCGAAUGCGGGCGAUGGCCACCAACGUUCAAAUGCCGCCCCCCGACGAGAGACAGGCAGAUUGA